CUCUGCUUAGACAAGAACAAGCAAAAAUCAUUCGGUUCGAGAGGCAAGCGGAAGAGUUCCUCAAUGCAGUCUUUUACAGAAAAGACAGUCCUAGGGUCUCUGACCCCAAUAUUCCCCUAGUGGCCCGUGAGAUCAUGCAGCGAAUGAUCCGGCAGUUUGCUGCUGAAUAUACCUCAAAAACUAGCUCUACUCAGGACUCCAGCCAGCCCAAUAGCACAAAGAACCAAAGCCUGCUGAAAGCAUCUCUGGUCGCCUCCUCUCCCACGGCUGCAACUGCUCAGAACCCCGUGCUCAGCAAACUUCUCAUGGCUGACCAAGACUCGCCUCUGGACCUUACUGUCAGGAAGUCUCAGUCAGAACCUAGCGAACAAGACGGUGUGCUUGAUCUGUCCACCAAGAAGAGCCCUUGUGCCGGCAGCACCUCCCUGAGCCAUUCCCCAGGCUGCUCCACUACUCCAGGGAACGGGCGACCUGGGAGACCCAGCCAGCACCAUCCAGAGGGACACCGGAGUGGUGAUGGGGUACCUCCAAGAAGCUUGCAGGAUGGCACCAGGGAAGGUUAUAGCCACUCCACAGCUCUUAAAGUGCCGCUGGCUCGAUCACUGCAGAUUAGCGAAGAGCUGCUGAGCAGAAACCAGUUUUCUACCGCUGCCAGCCAUGGGCCAUCUGGACUGCAGAAUCAUGGACAGCACUUAAUAUUAUCCAGGGAGGCUUCUUGGGCAAAACCACACUACGAAUUCAAUUUCAGCCGCAUGAAAUUCAGGGGAAAUGGUGCACUCAGCAACAUCAGUGACCUUCCUUUUCUUACAGAAAACUCUGCCUUUCAAAAAAUGGCACUUCAAACUAAACAGGAUGGGAAAAAGGACAUGAGCCAUUCAUCUCCUGUGGAUUUAAAGAUACCACAAGUUCGAGGCAUGGACCUUUCAUGGGAGUCCCGCACUGGUGACCAGUACAGCUAUAGCUCUUUGGUAAUGGGUUCACAAACGGAGAGCGCGCUUAGUAAAAAGUUAAGGGCUAUUCUUCCGAAGCAAAACAGGAGAAAUUUGCUGGAAGCUGGACCAGAUUCCUGGGGCUCAGAUGCUGAGCAGUCUACCUCUGGACAGCCAUAUCCCACCUCCGAUCAAGAGGGAGAUCCUGGCUCCAAGCAACCUAGGAAGAAAAGAGGGAGAUACAGACAGUACAACAGCGAGAUCCUGGAGGAAGCAAUCUCUGUGGUUAUGAGCGGGAAAAUGAGCGUUUCAAAAGCUCAGAGUAUUUAUGGGAUUCCCCACAGUACACUGGAGUACAAAGUUAAAGAGAGGCUGGGCACUUUGAAAAACCCUCCAAAGAAAAAAAUGAAAUUAAUGAGGUCGGAGGGGCAGGAGGUUUCAGUAAAGAUUGAAUUAGAUCCCCAGGGAGAAGCAGCACAAAGUGCAAAUGAAUCAAAAGAUGAGUAGGGAGGCUGUAGAGUGCCAAUUACUUUACAAACUGGGUGAGCACUACUGCAUUGUUCAACCACCGCCGAGUGCACCUCAUUCCUCUCUGCCGCCUAGCAUAGAUUUGUGUGGUCACAGGUGAAAGGUGUGCUCUGAAUGUCGCAUAUUUGUAAAUUUUCUAGCCUGGUAUGGCUCAGAAUCUGCCCUCACCAUUUCUUUCUUUUUCUUUUUUUCUUUCCCCUUUUUUUGCCUUUGCAUGUUUCUCUACUGUUUUAGAGAAUUGAGUUACCUCAGUAAAGAGCGCAGACACGUGGAAGUGGACUCCUUACCUGUAGAGCCUGCCUGUACUUUUGUUGUUUGAAUUUUUUUUCCAUGUUUGCCUUUCAAAAAGCAAGUCCACUUCGUUAAACCGAUUCACUCUUAUACCAGGCUUUUUGAAUGAGAAUCAGACUGUCAUUUUGUAAUUCAGAAUGCCUCACAUUCUCCAGAAACAUUUUUUUUUUCUUCUUCUUUCUUUCAUCGAGUUGAUUGAAGGAUUAAGGUAAAUCAAGCUCUUUGAGGAAUGGCAGAGCUCUUGAACUUGGAGAUUGGUUAUUAGAUAGGUAAUCAAUCGGGUCUAAUUAGGCUUUCUGCCAUUUUCUUUCUAAAUUCAAUUUAUGUACCAUUAGCAAUCUGCUUAGUGCUCACCCGGAGGGGCGGGGAGGGGAAACUACAUACACUACCUUCAGAAAUACUUCGGUUAAUGACGUAGUAACACUACCUUCACUGUAAUUUUGUUUGAUACUUUCUAAGGGUGAGAUUUAGACUCACCUGUUUGAGGAUGUAGCCUUAUCUCACGGAAGACGAGCUCCUCGUGGUCAGGAGUGGUCAGGGUACACUAAAUGAUGUAUUAGGGUAUGCCUCAUUUUAACAAAACUGUGGUUCUUUGCAACCUAUACACUUUUUACAGGCGUGAUUCAGAGUUUACUAAAUGGUGUGGUUCCAACAACUAGUUUAAGCAACUCUAAUCGGGGAGCGGGGGGUACGUGUAACAAAUUACUGUGAUCUUGCAAAAAA